AUGUGCAGCAGAUUUUCUCCAGCAUGCGCGAAGUGUGAGGCCAGCAGUGGCAGCCCAAGUUCUGUGGGCAGCAGCACACUGUUUCCGUUAAAACCCUUCGGUUCUUUAGGGGUUCUGGCUGCAAACCGUGAUCAGUACACCCUCUUUCCGGGUGGGCCGUGCGAAUACGUUGUUCCUGUGUCUGUCGCUCUGCGGCCUGGGAACCGAGACGAAGAGAAAGCCCCAUUAUAUAUCCCACAAAUGGCAGGUUGCGCAUCGGGUGAGAUGGAAGCCACAAGCGCUCGGACUGGCGCCCUGCCUGGGAAGAAUUCAAGCACAAGGAAUGUCUUGGGAUGUCUGUACAUGCUGGGAUUCAACCUUCUGUGCACCUACGCCUGGGGCGUGGUGUUUCUCGCGUUGAUCCGGCACUUCGUGCAGCACAGCUUGCCUGGCGCCUUCUUCGCCAAUGCGUGGCCGGAGCUUGAACACCCCCUCUUCUUUGCCCAGAGCCUCGCCAUUCUGGAGAUCGGGCACUCCCUGCUAGGCCUUGUUAGAAGCAGCGUGACAACCACCUUCAUGCAAGUAUUCUCGCGCCUGCAGCUCGUCUGGCUCCUCUUCUCCUUGGUCCCUGCCUCUCGCAAUAGCGUGGCUCUCCUUACCUGCGUUGCAGCAUGGAGUUGCGCCGAGCUGCUGCGGUUUCCAUUCUUCGCCGUGCAGCAGCUGCUUAUGUUGAUUGAUUUGCUACUAGGGUCAGAGGCUUCCCCUCGGGAAGUGCCAUUUCUACUCAAGUGGCUGCGAUACUCUGGCUUCACAGUUCUUUAUCCUAUCGGCAUUGCCAGCGAAGUCGUCUGCAUGUGCUCAAGCCUUUCGGUCCUGCGCUCCUCCCCCGCAUUCGCACAAUUUCCCACUCCGAUGCCAAACAAACUGAACUUUCAGUUGAGUCUCUAUUGGGCGUAUAUCAUUCUCCUUUGCUUGUACGUCCCGGGCAGCGUGCAGCUGUACAAUCACAUGCUGAAACAGAGAAGAAAAUACCUGUACGAUGCAGGACAAGAUACGGCUGCAAAAAAGGAUAAAUGA